CCUCUGCCCUUUUCCAACAAAAAAACCUUGUGAAAAUCCCAACCCCCUGUCUCUCGUCUCGUCUCUCUCUGGCUCUCUCUCUCCCACACACAGAGACUCUUAACACUUAGAGAGAGAAAUGGAUGAGCUUGAGUCAGCAGAAAUGGAGGCUGGUCUUCCCGAGUUUACCUUGGCUGAGAUCAUGGAGAUGGAGAUCUUAUUUAAAGGAAAAGGAAAAGGAAAAGAAUAUCUGAAUCAGGAAUUCUGUCAAGACCUGGCAACCAGUUUUAGUUGCUCACCUCAUCGUACUGGAAAAAGUUCCAUAAAAUGGGAACAGGUACAAAGUUGGUUCAGUGAGAAACAGAAAGCAGUAGCUGCUAGAGUAAAUUCCUCACCUAUUGCUAUCAAAGAUUUUUCUGCCCCUUAUGCAGUUAAAAGAUCUUCACCUGUUGCGCUCAAAGAACUUUUUGCUUCAAGCACAACACCACCAGAGAAUACAAUUGAAAGACCUCAAAAGCCCAUAGGUGAAAGGGUUGCAGAGCUUUCAGAGUUGGUUUUUGAAGCUCUAUCGUCAAAGGAUGAAGCUUGGUGAGCAGUCAAGCUUAUUCUUCAAAGAACUAAAAGAG